UCCCAUUGAUUACGCAAUUUUUCCAACUAGAUUAGUUUUGACUAAUUUUCCUGCAACUUCGCCGGUUUCGACUAGCAUGUCCGCAUUUGGGUUUAGUUAGGGUUUCAUCCUUUCCUCUGUUAGGACUUAGAGGCAUCAGUACAAAUCUGAGUAGGUGAUGGAGAGAUUUCUGUCUGGAUUUUGGAUGGUCGCCGAUCAGUGGUGCUAUUUCUUUAGGAUGUAAGCCUGUAGUGACCUACAGGCCUAUGGUGGAAAUAAUGAUGUUUAUCUUGUUGCCACGCUAAUUGGGGUAAAAAAAAAAAAUAGCCUGCCGCCGUUAGCUGUUGAUUCCAGUACAAUCCGCUCUUCAGGAUGGUGUGUGUUAUUUUAUUGUUAGAAACUAUACUAAUGUGGCCCCAUAGCUUUUUCUUGGGCUAUUUCUGCAUUUUGCAUGUUGAAGUUCUCCACUGAUUUUGAUACUUUGGCCUGAUUUAUCCAUUUGGUGCAAAAUUAGAGAAUCUCGGAAGCCAAGAAUGGGGAUGCCUCCCGCAACACCAAGGGAAUUAAGCAGUGGGGGUAGCAUUGUCAAGGCGGUGAAGGAAGAAUGUCAGCCAUUGCACUCCGUCAAGCAGGAGAAUGUUGAUGAUCCUUUGAAUGCCAGCUCAUCUCCAUCUGACCUUGAUGCCAAGAAUGAUGAUGCAUCCUUCGUCAAAGAGGAGGAAGAACAGUUAUGUGACGCCGAACAGAUGGAAGACGCUGUGGGACUUGCUUCUGAUCCUAUGACACGGUUUAACAAGCUUGAUGAGCUGCUGAAACAGACAAAGCUCUAUGCAGAAUAUAUACUUGAGAAGUUGCUUGAAGAAUCUAGCAAUUAUAGCCCUGGUUAUGACGCUACUCUCACAGAAGAAGAAAUGUGGGAAAAGGAGCAGGCCAAGAUUGUUCCGUUAGUGACGGGUGCGAAGUUGAAGCCUUACCAGAUAGAAGGUGUGAAGUGGCUAAUAUCGCAUUGGCAGAUUGGGGUUAAUGGGAUACUGGCAGAUGAAAUUAGAAUUGGGAAAACAAUCCAGUCAAUUGCGUUUCUUUCUCAUCUCAAAGGGAAUGGUCUGCAUGGUCCAUACAUGAUAAUUGCUUCUGCAACCACUCUAACGAACUGGGUGGAUGAGAUCUCAAGGCUUGCUCCAUCUCUGACGUGUCUGAUUUACUAUGGAGAUAAAGUGGCCCGAGAAGAGAUGUUGACAAAGGUCAUGACCAAAACUAUUGGCCCUGAUUUUCCCAUAAUAGUUACUUCAUAUGAGAUGGCCAUCGCAGAUGCAAAACUUCUUGCUCAUUACAAGUGGAAGUAUGUUGUGUUUGACGAGGGCCAUGAGUUGAAAAACUUGGAAUGCGAAUUGUUGUUGGAGUUAACGCCGCUGCCAAUAGGGAAUGGACUCCUUUUGACCAGGACACCAUUUCAAAAUGACCUAGCAGAGCUGUGGUCGGUACUGAACUUUGUUUUUCCUGAGAUAUCCGUAUCUCAUCAUGAAUUUGAGUCAUGGUUUGAUUUUACUGGGAAAAGAGGUGAGGAACAGAUAGAAGAAACUACAAUUAAUAGAAGGGCAUUUGUUGUUUCAAAGCUUCAUGCCAUUUUGGAUCCAUUCAUUCUAAGGCAGAUGGAGAAGCCUGUAGAAAAUACGCCUCCACGAACAAAAGGUGCUACGUGCUCCAACACCAAAGCUGUUAAGAACAAGGAUGCAGUUAACCUCUCGAAAGGUCACACAGUAAGAGACGGUGCGAGGUCUGGUGGUCAGAGUUCACAAGAGGCGGCAGCAGAGGCUGCUUAUGAAAACGAUGGUGAAGGUAGUCCUAAUCUGCCAUCCACUCAACUGGGGCCGGAAGGUAAUCAUAAGGCUAAGCGGCCUCGAACAGACGAUGCAGUUCUCUCCCUGCUUGGAGAAAUUAAAAGCACAUUUCAAGCUUCUUUGAAGCCAGCUGAGCCUGUGCAAGUGCCAAAGGCAACUUCCCCUCGAGAAAUCUUAGAGGCACUCAAACAGAUACCUGACUUGACCAGUGCUGAUUUCCUGAGAGCCUAUAGUAGUCUGAUCCGUGAUGAUCGGCAGUUUGAAUCUCUCAUGGUGCUCCCAGCGGGCAUGAGGAAGGACUGGCUGCUCGUGGAAACUGGGAAGAAGUGAGACUUGCCCUAUUGCUCCAGCAGCAAGUAUGCAGCACUUGUCUGGAUAUUGUUCAGUGGAGCUAGCUGAACUAAUGCUCAUCUUGCUUACUUUCCUAGUUAUUAGUCCCGCUUUUCUAGGAACCAUGUAACUCGUUCUAUAUAUGGACUUCUUUUCACGUUGUCGUUAAGUAGUAGUAUGGAUUCUCCUGAACUGUAUGUUGUUUACCUGUGAUAGCACUUGAAAUCAAUGGCAUGAAGAUAUUGA